AUGAAGGGGAAAAUGAAGAGGAGGGUUGAUGAAGGGUACUGUAAAGCCUUUGCUUCACUUUUACUUGUAAAUUUUAACGUAUUUUCUGAUUAUAUUUUAGUAGCACAAUGGAUAUUCAAAAUUUUAAAAAGUCUGGAAAAGUAAAAUUCUUGUGCAAAACAAGAUUUGACGUUACGUCAUACCUGACAGAUUUAUCCUAAGACUCGCUAAAAUACGGAUUUUCACAAUUUCUAUUUAUGGUGUAAUUUAAAAAAAAAUUUCAGCUGUAUUUGUCUUGAUGGAUAUAGCGGAAACUACUGUGAGAUUGAACCCAAAGCCGACGGAUGUUGUACCAAGAAUUCAGACUGUCUUGGUGGCAAAACUUGUUUAUUCGAUACAAACAGCAAUUGCGGGCAUUGCUACGAGAAAUGCGAUGAUAAUCACUAUUUGAAAGACUGCAACAAGCCAGCUUACAAUAAGUUCAACGAGACCAAAUGCAAAAAUGGUGGGAAAUUGGCGUAUCUUGAGGACAAACACAUGGUUUAUUGCGAUUGUCAAGGGGAUGGAAAUGAAAGUGAGUUUUAGAAUUCCUAGGGAUAGUAGGGUACAGAGAUUGCCACGGUCAAAAUUUUGGCUCCGGCUCCGGCUCUUAGCUCCCAGAGCCGGAGCCGGGGCCAAAUUUGCAGCUCCGGCUCCGGCUCUUGGCUCCGCGCAAAAUUUAAAAAGGCCUCCGGCUCCGAAACCCGGCUCCUAUGCAAAAUGUUUUUUUUUAAUAUUUUUCCAAAAAUAAAAGUUACUAGUGCCAGAAAUCAUAUAGCCAACGUUUUUGCAGUCAAGCCACAUCCUCCGCAGUCUUUUUCAAGCAAGUUGGUUUAACAAGAUCACGAAAUUUUUACUUUUCUGAUCGCUGGGAAGCCUGGCUCCGACUUUGGGCUCGGGAGCCGGAGCCGACCCCAAAAUUUCCGGCUCCAGCUCUGGCUCCCGGCUCGGAGCCAGAGCCGCUCAGAGCCGGAGCCAAGAGCCGGCUCCGGAGCCGUGGCAAUCUCUGGUAGGGUACCUCAAUUAUAGUAUAUACUCCGCCGAUUUAAUUUGGACCAGUCUGAAACUUGAAAACGGUUAUAGAUAUGAACUCCAUUCCUUCAACAAGUUUGAUCACCAGUCGACUCUAUGUUCAACUGUAGCCAAAUAUUUCCUCUGCCUUGAGGCACAAAAAAAAAUAUUCGAAUUUUGUAAUUUUUUCUGUCGAAAAAGUUUGGACCAGGGCAACAAAAAUUUGCAUUUCUUUAUCACUAGGUGGGGUGAAACCAUGAUAACUUGUGAAAAUAAUUGUGAUUCCCUGCUGAUACUAACAAGCAGGGAAUUCCGAGAUUAGCGCUGUGUUUAAGGCCCUGAGGGCAAUUUUUAAGAAAAUUCCCAAAAUUCCAGAAUUUUUCCGCCCUGGCGCUUGAGUAAGAAGCGUAAAUCGUCUUAAAUUAGUUUCUGUGCAAACACAGUAUCGUGUACAUCUAAUUGGAUGACGUUAUAAAAUAGUUUUACAUCUAAAAUUUUUUGUUCUUGGAGGAUUUGCGACUUUGAAACUUGGGUUGGCGAUAAUAGUAAGGCCACUGCGCUCAAACAACUGCUAAAUCAUACAGCGUUUUUCUUGGGACAUAUGAGGGGCAUCCCACACUUUCCUUCUGUGUCAAAACAAUAUCCAAUUUACACGCGACAAAUGCACAAUAGACCGAAGACUUUGAUAAAAAAAGUUUUUGUUGGCCCAGUCGAAACAUGUUGAGAAAAAACAAUUUAAUGUGCAUCAAAUUAAGUUCUAUCAGGUCUGGCUAGCACCUCAUAGCGGAAUAAACGUACAAUGUACAUAUAGGAACAUCUUUUUUCACUUUGGAAAACUUUUAAGUAAGCACCCUCUUCUUAAAUUUUUUUAUCAAAGUGUUCGGUCUAUUGUGCAUUUGUCGCGUGUAAAUCGGAUAUUGUUUUGACACAGAAGGAAAGUGUGGGAUGCCCCUCAUAUGUCCCAAGAAAAACGCUGUAUGAUUUAGCAGUUGUUUGAGCGCAGUGGCCUCACUAUUAUCGCCAACCCAAGUUUCAAAGUCGCAAAUUAUCCAAGAACAAAAAAUUUUAGAUGUAAAACUAUUUUAUAACGUCAUCCAAUUAGAUGUACACGAUACUGUGUUUGCACAGAAACUAAUUUAAGACGAUUUACGCUUCUUACUCAAGCGCCAGGGCGAAAAAAUUCUGGAAUUUUGGGAAUUUUCUUAAAAAUUGCCCUCAGGGCCUUAAACACAGCGCUAAUCUCGGAAUUCCCUGCUUGUUAGUAUCAGCAGGGAAUCACAAUUAUUUUCACAAGUUAUCAUGGUUUCACCCCACCUAGUGAUAAAGAAAUGCAAAUUUUUGUUGCCCUGGUCCAAACUUUUUCGACAGAAAAAAUUACAAAAUUCGAAUAUUUUUUUUGUGCCUCAAGGCAGAGGAAAUAUUUGGCUACAGUUGAACAUAGAGUCGACUGGUGAUCAAACUUGUUGAAGGACUGGAGUUCAUAUCUAUAACCGUUUUCAAGUUUCAGACUGGUCCAAAUUAAAUCGGCGGAGUAUAUUAGGUUGAUGCAUAAUUAUCCGUCGUUUUUCAACAAAUCGCCCGAUUGGCUUUGUUUUGUCGAAGAGUUCGUGGGGGUGACCCGUCCAGCCAAUUUCCAUACCUUUCCAAGCUUUUUGAGACGUCGAACGAUCGUUGACUUCACCGCAAAAUAAAAACGCCGGUUAAUUAUGCAUCAACCUAAUAUUUUUCAGUGUACAUUGGAGAGUAUUGUGACCAUCGUUUGAGUCGAUGUCACAAGGAACACACAUCUCGGUUGAUUUGCGAAAAUGCCGGAAAAUGUCGUGACGACGGCACUCGCUCGUAUUGUGAAUGCCCUGAGGGUUUUACCGGGGAAAGAUGCGAAACAAUGAUUGAUCACUGUGAUCUCGCUAAGAAUGGAGGAUGUGUUGCUGAGAAUACGGCAGAAUACAUUCCACAUCAUCUCAGCUGUUAUUGUUACUGUAAAGAGGGGUAUUUCAACGAGACUUGUGCGGUACGUAGGGGGUUGGACAUGUGUCUAAUUUAGAGGAAAUUUAGGACGAGAUCGAUCCCUGCAAGGAACGAGGAGAGGAUUGGUGUGGGAAUGGAGUAUGCCAGUCCGAUGGACCGGGUUAUGCCGGGAAACAUGAAUGUGUCUGUAAUGGGAAGAACUUGCUUUGUAAGUGUUAUAGAAUGAGUGCAGUGGACCUUACCCAGUGGCAAAAAAAACGUGCCAUUUUGCAUCCGGGAAGUAUCAAAAAAUGUAGCAAAAUACCUCCCCUUCGAAGUGAAAAAACUCCGAUUUCUAAAGCGCGCCCUUCAAAGAGGAGUUUUUUUAGUUGGAGAGGGAGGCAUUUUGCUACAUUUUUUGAUACUUCUUGGAUGCACAAUGGUACGUUUUUUGCCACUGGAUCAGGUCCGUCACUGUAGCAGUCUAAGUCACAUAUCAAUCUCUGAAAAUUUUGGCCCGCGAUUUCAGCAGCAGCCGAGACAUUUAACGACAUUUUCUAACGAGAGAAAAGGCUGAAAUUUUUAAUGCUGAAAAGCGCCAAAAAAUCAGAAUUUUCUGCAACGGUCGGGCUGGAAAUCUCGGUUGUUUCUGCAAAGCUAGGACCAGGAACUUUGCAAAUACAAUAGCCUAAAAAAAAGUUAUCGUAAUCUAUACCAAAUGUCAUCAAAAUCUGAGCGUCACCCUUUUUUCAGCCGAAGACCGCUGUCUUUCAUGGAAAUCCCCUUGCGACGACAACACCACUUGCGACAAACGUUGCAAAGUCAAGGCCCACAACGAAACGGUGUGUGCUUGUCGCGACGGCUACUACGGAGAGACUUGUGAUCCCAUCGAUUACUGCUUGUCCGGGGUCUGUUUGAACGAUGGGAUCUGUCAUCAAGGCGUGAAUAUCAGCAAAAACCCUUGGAUGAAAUGCGAGUGUAAAGAGGGAGCUUUGGGGGAAAAUUGUGAGAAGUUGACCGCAUGUAACGGCAUUUCUUGCGGCGCGAAUGGAACUUGUAUCGAAGAGGAGGGAGGCCGUUAUCAUUGCGAAUGCAACGUUGGAUGGUGGGGUUCGAUGUGUGAGAAGCCAGCGGUAAGAGGAUUUUUUUGAAUUCUUGACUAAGAAGUAUUUUUUAUUGUCAGAGAUACUGUUGAACUCUGUAAAACAAACUCGCUUUCAGCAAGACGUGGCUACUGCAAGAUAUUCCAGUGGCCUUUAGGGUCAAUUUUAAGUCAAAUUUAACCUUACUUUAACCAAAGGCGUCGCGAUCCUUGGGGUAACCAGGCGUCCGACAUUUUCCGAUUAGAAUUGCCUUCCUUAAUCUACGUAGUAUGAUCAACAUUUUGCUUUGACAACUCCCCGGUGCUGAUCAGUACACGAAUCUAUUGAAUUCAUCCACCGCUUCCAAGGUUAUGGGAGUUUGUUCCCAUAAAUUUGAAUCCAUUACAAUGGCUCGGAAACGCUUUCAACGAAGCGAGUCGGAGGAAAGAGCUUUGAAAGAAGAAAAAAAGAGAGAAAACUGAGCAACAAAAGAUCAUGCGUGCUAAUCAGCGAGAAAUUGGUGAACCGGGUCCUUCUUCCAAUAUGAAUAAUCCAGUAAAUAUUAGGUUGGCAACUAAGUUAUUGAAUUUUUUUUGCAUUAUUCCACAGACCUUCCUAAGUCAGUAUGGCUAGUAUCACACUAUCCCACCUGUAGUAGGGUUAGAGUACUAUCAAACCCAGAGGCAUCGAACUGGCAGCUCGCGUGUUGGUGUAGUACCUUGAAUUUGAAUAAGAGCAAUUUUGAGUGGUCAUUUUGCAGUUCCAUACAAUGCCUUUAGAACUCGAAGGACAUAAUGCUAAUGUACAAUGCUAAUGCUUGUAUUGUUGUUACUUAUAGUGGGUAUUAUAGUUGUUGACUGUAAAGCCUUUAAAGGUUGUGGCAAAAAGAAAGGCAGUCAAAAAUUUCAAUAACUUAGUUGCCAACCUAAUAGUUCAAUCUCUGACAAGCGCGCAGAAAUUUUGCGUAAAGAUCGGGAAAGGAAAACUCUAAACAGGCGCCUAAAGUCUGAUUUCGAAGCAGAAGCCCGUAGAGUAAAAAAUCGGGAAUCCCAGCAAAGAGUUCGUGAUAAUGAAAGUCCGGAAUAUGCCACAGAAAGACUAGCUAAUGCUCGGUUAAAUAAAGAGUGCUAACUGCCAAAUCCAUGGUUUGAAUUUCCUGCUGUAAGCAAAAACACCAGAAUCUUCAUGGUUCUUCUAGCUGCUCGCAAGUCGGGGCCGGCCUAACCAAAUUCCCCUUACUCUCAGUCUGUCGGGAAAAUAAUGAGCACAAUUUCGCUACCCGAUCGCAUUGCGGAAAAGGAAAGCAAUUUGACUUUGCCGCCACGCAAUUCAUUUUCUCGGCGGCGAUACGAUUUUGAAGAGGACGGAAGACUCAUUAUUUUCCCGACAGACUGCUAUAACGAAAAAAUUUUUUUGCCGCUUGUGAUUUUUUGUACAGAGCUUUGACAGUUACGGUGUUCUUUGAAUCAAGGGCCGUUUUAGCUUAAAUGCAGCGAAGGAAAUUCCCCCCACAAUUGUGACCAUGGCACAUGCAAUUUGGAAAACGACGUUUGCGAAUGCGAUCCAGGCUACACGGGCGUCAAUUGCACUAUACGUAAGACUUUUUAUGCUGUUUUCUCUCGGUAACUUGUUCAUAAAUGUAGCAGCGAAAAGAUUAUAUUAUACAUUGAAAUUUUUUCAAAAUCUUGCCGUCAUAUCGUAGAGUGGCACCUUAAUUUUCAGCCAACAAAAAUGGCUUCAACUUGUACUUUACUGGUGAGCCAACAGAUCCGGCGAAAGGAGAGGUGACGAUAUCAGGGGAGCGGACGGGCGAGCAUGCCAUAACUUUAACGGCGUGGGUUCGAUUCGAAGACGACGUGAUUGGAAAUGACACAGUAAAAAUGACUCCAAUUACUGUAGAAUUAAAUGAGAAACCGGUCUUCGAAAUUUCAAACAACGGGACCACCUGGAAUGGAGAAGAAAGCUUGAGUUAUACGGGCUGCAAAUUGAGGGGCUGGAAUUAUGUAAGUUUGUCUUUAGAAGGAAGGGAUUUCGCCCGUGAUCUUGGCACAAAUGACUUGUCACGUCAAUCCAGUGCAUUUCCUGAAUCGUUUCGAAACUUCGUAUCGUUUUCAUUGAUUUAAAAGAGAGACGAAAUGUCACGAAAUUAUCGGCACUUUUUCUCGCCAAAAAUAAUUGCUUUUUCUCGAAAAGGAAGAAGAAAAAUAAGAAAAUGCUUUUUAUCGGAUAGUGACAUUUCGUUUUUAACGAAUCACCAAAAAGGGGCGGGAAAUUUUUUGUUCUUAUUUUGGAUUGACGUGCAUGUACUUUUUUUUAUUUUCAGUACGUGAUCUCCUACAACAAUACGAAGAAAAUCUUGAAGGCCACCAUCAACAAUCAAUAUGUUUAUCAAAGAGAAGUAGCGGCCAUCCAACCUUCGGGGACUUGGUCGAUCGUGCUGGGCAGGAAAACCCGAGACAACGACUUUUUCCGCGGAGAAGUUGGACUUGUAGAGGUAAAAAGAGCUCUUAUCUGUAUUCACAAGUAGUUUCAAGUCCACUGAAUUUCCCUGUUUGCUUUCAGCUUCACAAUAAACCAUUUACCGCCCAAGAAAUUCAAAGAUAUAUGGAAAACUGCACGGGAAAUCCGUUUAAUCCGGAGAAUGUUAUUGUCAAAUGGAAAGACUUGAAGCUCAAGGGCUGGCAAAGGAACGAUGUGCAAGUGAUUGUGCCGGGGAUUUGCGCUCAGUCCAAGUGCGAAAGUGGGGCAGCGGAUUGUUCGCCGGAUAGCGGUAGGAAAUGAAUUUAAAUACUACAGGGUGCGGCAAUUUUUCGGCCGGAUUUUAAUUGGCCAUAACUUUUUUAGUUUUUGGGCAAAUGUUAAAAUUCUUUUUUUCUCUGAAUCCAUAGACAACCCCAUUUUGUUUAAUACCAAAUAUGUUAUACCCGUUCGUUAGACUACAGUAAAAAUUCGAGACAAAGAAAAAGCUCUAAUUUUCAUAGCUGACAAUGGAAUUACCCCUAGUGCGACCCUCAGAUUUUCUUUAAAUUUUGCACAUGGGCUGGACAUAGGCCACACAUCAAUUCCUGAAAGUUUCAGCCCGCACCUUUCAGGGGCGACCAAGAUAUUCAACCAUUCUUUGCGGUCAGGAGGGCACAUGAGUGGUCACACAGAAAAACUUUUUGGCCAUAUCUUCGCUAGUUUUGUGCGGAGAUAGCUGAUUUUUUGUGGAAACGGUAUUCUCCAUGGCAUGAACAGGCAUGAAUCUUUUUACGACAAAACUCGUAAAAAAAGACAUUUUUUCUGGCGAUUUUCACACACGCCGAAAAAGCAGAGAAAACGUCCAAAAGGCCAAUAACUAUGAACUAGGUCCCUGUAUGAAUAACAUAUUUGAUAUUAAACAAAAUGGGGUUGUCUGAGGAUUCAGGGAAAAAAAGAAUUUUAACAUUCGGAUAAAAACUAAAAAAGUUAUAACCAAUUCAAAUCCGGCCGAAAAAUUGCCGCACCCUGUACUGAAAUUACUUUCACCUUUCGAAAAAAGUGCCGAAUUUUUGGACGAGCCAAAAAUCUGGGUCGUCUCUAAAUUUCGGGGGUGGACGAUUCGGGAAAACGAAAAGUAUUAAUUUUCUUCGAUGCAAGUGUCGAAAUUAGGAUAAUCGAUGGCGCUGAUUAGUAAUUUUUUGAAUUUUUUUCACAAAUAACCGAUUUAGGGGGUUUUGAUGGUGCUGAUUUCGAAAAUGACAUUAUUUUUUUUGAUCCUUGCUUUUAAAAUUUGGAGCGCUCCUGAAGUAAAGAACAAAAGCAAGGAUCAAAAAAAGAAUUUCAUUUUCGAAAUCAGCACCAUCGAAACCCCCUAAAUCGAGUAUUUGUGAAAAAGUUAAAAAAUUACUGCUUUGCAGUACUACCUAAGGAAAAAAAGUAACAAUCAAAAAAAUGAAUGUCGUUUUCGAAAUCUGCGCCAUCGAUUAUCCUAAUUUCGACACUUGCAUCGAAGAAAAAUAAUACUUUUUGGUUUCCCCAAUUGUCCUUUUCCCCUAUCGUCCAAGUUCCUCUAAAUUUGUCUCUCAAAUCCGAAAAAUGACGAAGAUUUGACGUCAUUUCGAAAAAUCCUAUCUAACCAACAACCCGAUUCCAGACCGUUUCCCACCAUUGCCUCGAAACUGCCCUUCGAUCAUCAAACGGUCGACAAAAAACCGUGUUAUGCAAAUUGAAUGGGAUACGAAGGACAUGUUCACGGAUGACAAUCCUAUUGUCCGGAUUUCCUCCAACUACGCUCCGAAUCAGACGUUUGCCUGGGGCUACUACCAUGUCGUUUAUGUUGCAGUGGAUGUCAAGGGGAAUAUCGGGAGAUGCGAGUUCGAUGUCAUCGUGGGAAACGAAAACCUUCCCGACCCUUACGAGGUCGAAGUUAAGGCGGUGAGAAAACCGGUGGACAGCGAUGAAAUUGUGGAAUACGCCAGGUUGGAAUGCGAAGGGGACCAGAAUUUCUUGAAGGACACGUCACCGUUCUACACCAAGGACGUGCUGGUGAGUUACGAGAAAGAUUUAUAGGUUUGGAACAUCACAGGAGGCGCAACGACUUUUCGGGUCAGCGACACUUCGGGUCAACGGUACUAUGGGUCGCAUCGGUCCGCGUUGUAUACGUGGGAGAGGCUAGGAGAAGGCUUAGUAAAUAGAAAUGAUAAGAUUGAUAGGGUGCUAGGAUAGAUUAUCACCCAUUUUGAGGUAUGUACUCACAUCAAUAAUAUCAAGGUAAAAGUUGCGGAUCUUCGUUUUUUGCCACAAAUUUUGUUCUUUUAUAUGCUACAAUAACUCAGUGUAAAGAAAACUGACGUUUGUAAUAGCUAAAUUAGAAAACGUGGGCAAAUUGCAAGCUUUCGAUAAGUCUCCGCCGAGCCUUCGCCGAGGGUCCGCCGACCAUCCAACGGGUUUGCCAGGCCUCAUAGACACUUCCUAGAACCUUUUUUUGGGUAUUCACCUGCUCUACGUUCAGUAUCGAUCGAUUUUUGUCUUGACCCGAACUGUCGUCGACCCGAAAAGUCGGGACUCGGAAAAACACAUUGAUUGUUUGCAGCAUCGUUGGAGUCGAUUCGAAAAGGCUCCCUUGAGCAGUUACCCCUCAUGUGUUGCCACAACGAAUCCCGAACAGAAGGUUAGCGGCGGCUUGACCUGGAUCCGCGGCGAUUGCAAGGAAUCCGAGCGCAUCAAACGGGAAAUCAUCGAGAGCUUGAAUAACGCCUCAAUAAAAUUCAAACAAGAGCAUGGCCUGGACGAGGGAUUCUGCCCCGCUGAUGACUGUCAAAACAUUACCCGUAUUGACGACAGUUGUGUGGAGGAGGGACUGCGACAUGGCAGGGAUGUGGAGGCGGACUUGGGAGCGGAGAAAAUCACCUACGAAUAUCGUCUGAGUGUCAAGUAGGUGGAGCUUUAACGAAAGAUCCCACGUCAAUCCAUUGUCUUUAGAAGGAGGCCAUGUCAAUCCAGUGCAUUUCCUGAAUCGUUUCGAAACUUCGAAUCGUUUUCAUUGAUUUAAAAGAGAGACGAAACGUCGCGAAAUUGUCGGCACUUUUUCUCGCCAAAAAUAAUUGCUUUUUCUCGAAAAGGAAGAAGAAAGAUAAGAAAAUGCAUUUUAUCGGAUAGUGACAUUUCGUUUUGAACGAAUCACCAAAAAGGGGCGGGAAAUUUUUUCUUCCUUGCUUUCAGCAACACCAAGUUUAUUGUGCGGCCAUUCAUCAACAUCACGCUUCACGAAUGGUUCAACGAUUCGAGAGAGUACGAUCCCACAUAUCCGUUGCAAAAUUUCGCGUGCGAUCCGAGCUAUCCGUUCGUUCGGCAUGUUCAGAACGUCACCGAGACCCUCGACCUGCAGUUUUGCACGGAUUGGCCGGCCGGUUCUUUUUUCCAGUCCGGGAUGAAUGAGUCCGCGCCCUGCCCUGUCAAUAAAUGUCAGCCGAAUAGUACGCAGGACGAGUGCGUCGACUGCCCGGGUGGGCGGAUUACGAAGGACGUCGGAUGCAAGGACGAGAAGACCGAGUGCUAUUGUAAGUUUUCAUCAUGGUUUUUAGAAGAUCAUGCAUUAGAAGAUAGACGUAAACCUCCGAAUUUUGGGGUUUACGACAAUCAGUUACCAUCGCCUGAAAGAGACCUUGUCCGGUCAAGUUCCGAUCCCUGGCCUUAAAUCUCACCUCCCACGUCAAUCCAGCGCAUUUCCUGAACCGUUUCGAAACUUCGUAUCGUUUUCGUUGAUUUAAAAGAAAGACGAAAUGUCGCGAAAUUAUCGGCACUUUUUCUCGCCAAAGAUAAUUGCUUUUUCUCAAAAAGGAAGAAGAAAAAUAAGAGAAUGCCUUUUAUCGGAUAGUGACAUUUCGUUUUUAACGAAUCUCCAAAAAAGGGCGGGAAAUUUUUUCUUCUUGAUUGACGUGCCUCCUCAUUUCAGUUCCUUGCGCGGCGGGCCAAUACGGAACAUACGACAGGUGUAUUCCAUGCCCAUUUGGCUACUACAAUCCCAAGCCAAACAGCAGCUCAUGUGCAACAUGUGGCAGUGGUCGCACCACUAACACCACUGGCGCAGACAGUGUAAGCUUUUGCUAUGAGAAGUGCGCCUACCUUCCGGGCCAUGUGUUGGACGAGAAGGACGAAUGCCAGGAAUGCCCUCGGGGCACAUACAGGAAAGGCACUCAGUGCCAACAAUGCAAUCCCGGCUUUACAACGCGAACGAGUGCCGCAAACAGUGAAGAUGAAUGCAGCGUAGUCGACUGUCCCAAGGGCUACACUUUAAACAAAAAAUAUAAAGACAGUUUUAACAAUAUUACCGGCCCCCACCGACAGUAUACGACCUAUUGCGCGCCUUGCGAUAGGUUCUCAUUCAAGGAAGUGACGGGAAACGAAGAGUGCCAACCGUGCCCGAAAGGCACCAGCACCAACAUGUCGGGCAGCAGGGCAGUCAAUGACUGCAAUGUUACCGCUUGCAAUCCAGAGUUGUCGAAUUCAUGCACCGAUGGCAAAAAAUGCACUGAGACGGACGGCGGACAGUCUUUCACCUGCCAAUAUCCAAAUCUGGACAAGUCAAAGGAGGAAAACUGGCUUUACCUGAUUCUGCUUGGCUUCUUCAUCCUGCUAUUUGUACUACUGCUUUUAUUGUUUGUUUCGAACAAGCGAGAACUGUAAGUCAAGUUUACGACGGAAGGGAGGGGUUCCACUGUUUUCAACUUUAGCUUUUGCCACGGGCAAAGUACAGUGGCAGACCUAAGUUAGUGGCAAAAAACGUACCAUUUUGCAUCCGGGUAGUAUCAAAAUAUAGCAAAAUGGCUCCCUCUCCUUGGGGCCCUUUUCCUCAUAAAAAGAGCGAGCGCGCUUUUGCAGAGUUUUUUUCACUUGGAGAAGGAGGCAUUUUGCCACAUUGUUUGAUACUUCCCGGAUGCGAAAUGGUACGUUUUUUGCCACUGGAUCAGGUCCGUCACUGUACGCGAAAAACAGGGCGCGGCCAGAGAGAAAAACUAUUUUUGGAUUGGAUUUUUUUGUGGAAACGUCACUGUUUUUGAUAUGAAUAACAAGGUUGAUAUCUUCCAUACAUAAUUUCUCAAAGAAUGUAUGAAAUUUCACCAAGUUUUGGACAAAAAAUCUUGGUUGUUUCUGCAAAACACGAGCAAGGAAUCUCGCGUGGACCGUAAGAAAAGAGCAACCGUGACGGACCUGAUCCAGUGGCAAAAAACGUGCCAUUUUGCAUCCGAGAAGUAUCGAUUUUGCCACUGGAUCAGGUCCGUCAUUGUAGAUUGCUCUUUUUUACUGUCCACGCGAGAUUCCUGGCUCAUGUUUUGCAGAAACAACCAAGAUUUUUUGUCCAAAACUUGGUGAAAUUUCAUACUUUCUUUGAGAAAUUAUGUAUGGAAGACAUCAACCUUGCCAUUCAUAUCAAAAACAUGGCCAUGCAGUCGUUGGAUCCUUUCGAAUUACUCAUUUUCAAUUUUCAGUCUUCGUUACAUAGACGCGACCUGCCCAUGGCUGUUGUUCUGUUGGAUGCGGAAGGAGGGCAACCGCAGGUUCAGUGUGAACCCGACCAGAGACACUUCCAACUUGCCGUUCAGUCCGAACACCCAAAACUCGGAUGAAAUGGAGGACACGUCGACUACGGAAGUCUCCGCAGCCAACGAUCCAUUGGAUUCGGCAUCGGCGAUCGAAAGCCUUCCAAGCGAAGAGCAUUGGAUGAAACAGCGGACGAAACACACUGCGGUAAGUUUUAUAUUAGUGUGGUAUAUCACAGACAUGCGGUAUAUCAUAGAUCGCAUUGAGUAUAACUGCAUCUACAGCGCACAGACUUGAGUGCUCUAAGAUUUGCAGGCUGUGAGCACAUUUUUUUAUCAUCAUUUUGCUCUCUAACAGUUUUGCGAGGCGUUUUCGUCUCCCUUUGUUUCCCUGAUUAUAACGGCCACACCCAAAAACUUGGGCGGAUUCUUGUAUGAUCAACUGAUAAGGAUCAUGUUUCUGUGAUUUUUUUUUUAAUUGAAGCAUAUGAUAAGCUUCACAUAUAGGUUAUAAAUAGCUUGAUUUAACUAGGCGUGCGAGGGUUUUGUACUUAAUUUUAAAUACAGUGGCUCCUCUAUAAUUUCUUAGUUCCUUCCAAUUCGUUUUAUAGAGGUUUGACUGUAAAUUUUGAUUCUUGGAAUAACAGGGUUUUUGGCGUGACUGUCGCAAAGAACCUUCAUUUUGAGUGUCCACACUGUCUAAGAUUUGUUAAGAAAUUUUAAAAAAACCUGCUUGCAGACCCUCGACCCGCUAACCGAGAUUCGCACCAACUUGAUGCACGUGAUGACCUCCGCAACGUCGGCAGUGUCCUCCGAUUCGAGCGGGAAGCGGACUCCGCCGCCCAUCCUGACCGGCAGCCCCUCGCGGCGGGAUAUGGAGGCGGCCAAGGCGGCGGCGCGUGUAGCUCGCUCCGAGACCUAUCAAAUGGCCACAUUCGGCCAAAGCAGUCCGGUGCAAAGUCCUCGAGUCAAGGUGGAAGCCGGGAUCAUCCGACAUCAUCGAACUGUCGGCCCAACAAUGGUGGAGGCCAGGCCGUUGAGGGCUCCGCAAUUUAUUCCGAGAGUGAAUACGAUCCAAGCGCCUGCGCCACGACUGGCCAGUACAACCGAAGAGGACGAUGAGGGGUUCUUCUGCUGA